GGGGUGAAGGGAGAGGGACGAGGGUAGCGGAGCGGUGAGCGAUGGAAGAGCAGCUGUACCGCCGGCUGCCGCCCGAGGACUCCGGGGACCUGCGGAUACAGCCUCAGGGCUCAGAAGAGGCCAAGGUGUUUGUACAUGCCCUCCUGAAGCGUAGCAUGCCCCAAAUGAAGGAUGAAGCCAUCCAGGAUAUGUUAACUCGGAAAGCUGUAGUUCUUGAGCAUUAUCCCAAAAAAAAGACCAAGCAAAAGAGGAAGAAGGUGAAAGGUUUUACUGCCAAGCAGAGGCGGGAGCUGCGCCUGUUUGAAAUUGAACCUGAACAGCAAAGGUAUGCCAUCUUCCUACCACUCCAUGAACUCUGGAAACAGUACAUCAGAGACCUGUGCCACGGACUCAAACCAGACGCGCAACCCUAUAUGAUUCAGAGCAAACUGCUAAAAGCUGAUCUCCAUGGAGCUAUUGUUACAGUCACAAAAUCAAAGUGCCCCUCUUAUGUUGGGAUAACAGGAAUCAUUCUACAGGAGUUUAAACAUGUCUUCAAAAUUAUCACUAAAGAGGACAAAUUAAAAGUUGUUCCCAAACUCAACAACGUAUUUAGCUUGGAGAUUGAUGGAUUCAUUUCCUACAUCUAUGGAAGCAAGUUCCUGCUGAGAGCAAGUGAGCGAUCUGCAAAAAAAUUCAAGCUGAAAGGAACCAUUGACCUAUGAUUUCAUGGAAAAUCAGAAGUAUUAAUAGAAAUAUUUGCUGUUUUCCUGCCAUUUAAAGAGAUGGAAAAUGGAACAGCCAUGUGAAAUGUUUUUAAAGCAUUUCAUUCUCAUUCUUAAAGAAUGAGCAGUAUCCAUUGUCUUUAAGCAAGACUCGCAGACUGUUGGAGUUGGUGUAUCUGUUUUGUUACUUGUAUAUAGUAUUCUGGCUUUUAUUAAACUUAUAUGAUAUUAGUGUUGGUUACCUGACUUCUGUUUCGAUUUAUAAUUGUAAAUUUGCACAAUAAAAAUUAUACCUUGUAACUCUGA